GGAAGUCCGUCGACAGUACCACCUACCAAACGAACCCCUCCAAUUCUUCUUCCAAGCUCUUUAGGGAAAGAGUAGAACGAAAGGCUAGAAGAGCGGGGGCUCAGAGCAGGAGGAAAUGGCAACCCACGGCGCCAUACUCCGGCCAUCCGCCGUUCUCUCGGCUGCGACAGCAGCGGCGGAGCGUGCUCGCUUCCACGCUCGCUCCGCCCGCCGAGCAAUCACCCGCUUCGCUCGCCCCGGCGCCUUCUCCCUCCCCUCCAAUCGCUCCGCCGCCGCUUCCCGCAUCUCACGCAACCUCGCCGCCUUCCGCAUCCACUACGCCCUCCUCCUUUGGUUCUCCCUUCUCAUCUUCCUCUGCCCCUCCCACCGCGCCACGAUGCUCUUCCUCAUGUUAAUCUCCAAGGUCAUCCUUUCCUACGCCGUCCUCCUCCGUCUCUUCCCUAACUCCGCCCUCCUCCACCGCAUCCUCGUCCCCCGCAUCGUUGCGGGGAUCUUUGUCGUAUUCGUAAUCAUCCAGCUCGCGCUCGCCAGCGCUAUUGUUAACCUUUUCCUCGCGAUUGCGGCUGUUUCGCCGAUAGUCGUUGCACACGCCAUCUUUCGGACACCCGAUGCUUCCUUGGCCGCUGGGGCGGGGGAGAAUGGCAAGGUUGCCGGUGAGAUGGUGCCGAUCUCUGAGAAGAAAGACGCCGAUUUAGAAUCGGCUGGAGUUCAGUGUUCCGAUCGAUCGGCCUAGGGUUUCGUCCAUCAGUAUUAUACUAAUCUUUUGUGUUUUUUAGAUACUUACAUAGCGUAACAGUAACAAAAUCAGGUUUUAAUCUUUUUUGGGGAACUGGUUUUAGUUUUCUCCUUUAUAUGAUUAUAAACCUCUACAUGUUUUCCAUUUCCUUUAAGGAGGUGGUUAGAAAUUAGAAUGCUUGCAGGUUAAGGCAGAUCGGUAGCUGGGCGCUCACAUGGAAAGAAUGCCAUGGCCCAGCUAAUUCUAGGUGUCUAGCAACUUUUGCUGUAAUUGCUAAGAAUGGCAGAGCUGAGGAUUAUUUAUUUGGGUUUUCUUUAGGAGAUGGCUGAUAAAUUUGAGAUGAACUUGUGGAUUGAGGAUGAUUUGAUGAUUGUAAUUAGCUUGCUUUGAAAUACAGUGCUGCAACAUUGUUGUAUCGAUACAAAUGGGUUAUUUCCUAUGUUUGAUAGUGAUUCUGCUGAUGAUUGGA